AUGAGAAGUGACACAUCAUCCUCCCCAUUCAAUUCCAAUGAUCUCCCCACGGCCUCACAGCCGCUCAAUGUGGCGGUGAUUGGCGCCGGCGUCUCCGGUCUAUCCGCCGCCGUCGCUCUCAAGAGCGAAGGCCACCGAGUUGUGGCCUUCGAGAAAUCGGACCAACUCGGCGGCCUCUGGGUCUACGACCCACGAGCCGAAUCCGACCCGCUAGGCCUCGACCCGAAUCGGGAAAUCGUUCAUGGCAGCUUGUACCGUUCUCUCCGGACCAACAUCCCCAGGCAGAUGAUGGGUUUUUGCGAUUACCCGUUUGCGACCAGGAAGAACCGCGACUCGAGGACCUUCCCGGGUCAUGUGGAGGUACUCGAGUUUCUGAAACAGUAUGCUGCGGACCAUGGGCUCGCCGAUUUGAUCCGGUUGGGGACUGAAGUGGUCCGAGUUGAGCGGGUAGAGUCGGGAAGCGGUGAGUGGGUGGUUGAGUCGAGGAAGGACGAGUUGAGUUCGAUUGAGGUUUUUGAUGCGGUUGUUGUCUGUAGUGGCCAUCAUACUAUACCAAGACUCGCAGAUUUUCCAGGCAUGGAAAAAUGGCCUGGGAAACAGAUGCAUAGUCACAACUAUAGAGUCCCAGAGCCGUUUCAAGAUCAGAUUGUGGUGGUGAUUGGGAGUGGUCCCAGCGCAAGAGAUAUAUCUCUUGAGAUUUCUGUGGUAGCUAAAGAAGUUCAUCUUUCCUCAAGAUCUCCCAAUGUCAAAAUUUCCAAGUUGGACUGUGGAUUUAACAUGUGGCAGCACUCUAAGAUCGAUCAUGUUAAUGAGAGCGGAGAAGUUGUAUUCCAGGAUGGUGCAUCUAUUCGUGCAGAUAUCAUUCUCCAUUGCACAGGGUACAAAUUCGAAUUCCCAUUCUUGAAAACAGAGGGAAUUGUGACGGUGGAUGAUAACCGUGUGGGGCCUCUUUACAAACACGUCUUUCCUCCAAAGCUUGCUCCUAAGCUUUCCUUCAUAGGACUUUCUUAUAAUUCGGGUGUUGUGUUUCUGAUGGUUGAUCUGCAAGCAAAGUGGAUAGCGCACGUUUUGUCUGGAAAAGUGAAUUUACCAUCCGAAGAGGAGAUGAUGGCUGAGGUUGAAGAUCAUUACCGGUUUUUGGAUGAGAAAGGCAUACCUAAACACCACACUCAUAACCUUUUUCAUAAGAAUAUUACAGCCUCUCAGCUAGAGUACUUGGACUGGGUUGCUUGUCAGGUGGGAUUAAAAGGAGUGGAUGACCAAACAAGAUUAGUGCUACAGAAUUACUUUCAAUUCUGGGUUGAAAAUGGUGGAUUGAAUUAUAGAGAUUGGGAGUUUGAUCAUGGAUUUCAACAAGUGUGUCAGUCUUAA